AUGGAACCUGUAGUUGAGCGAAAAGAGCUCUCAGAUUCUUGUUGCUGGACAUUGCUUCAUGCUGAGGGUGACGUGGGGAUCCCGUUGCAAUCAAAGAUGCCUUUGCUGAUCCGAGGAAAAUAUAGCGAUUGUCUUGCUUUAGGUUCCCGCCUUCAGGGAGUCUCACCAGCGCGUGCUUCUGGCCGACGACUGAUGUGCAAGGGUCGGGAUGGCCGUGUACCAGAGCUUCGCUUUCGGAUUGUGAAAGCUGGGAUUCCUUUCGAUGCGCACGUGGCAGCGCUUGCAGAACAACGAGCCCCGCCUCCCCAACUCCUGGGCAACUUGGGGCAAAAGACGUUUGAAGAGCAGGAGCGCAUGCUUUUGGAUGAUCUCCUCUAUUGCUUGCAGGGAGUGGAGGGCACCUACAUCCAGAAAACAUCCGGACUCUUUGAGAUUAGCAUCCCAGCUGGAGCAGAUAUCUCCACCGCACAGUUUCUUCAGCAGAUGAUGCCCCUGUGCGACCACCAUGCUUUCGUUGAGACCUUUGUGGAGCAGCACAGCAAGCACGAAUACGGUACAGUGAAUCACGCCUUGUGCUCUGCACUGAAAGAACUGUUGAGGGAGUUUGCUACGAAGGUGAGUGGUUUAGAAAAGUCUUUGCAGAAUGCAGAACUGACUUUGGCAGAACUGUGGUAUCGUUCGCAACCUUCGAUGGACACCUUCGCGCUGCUGCAUCGCAUUACCGCCCAUGUCCUGGGCUUGAAGGGUGGUGCAGUUCUCAAUGGUAUUGAAGAGGUCAUGAUGAAAACUGGUCUCACAACAGCGCAAUCUUUGUGUGAGUUUCUCUUGCAGAAGGCGUCACGACCGUAUUUUGACAUGAUGUCACUCUGGGUCUACGAAGGCCGGCUAGAGGAUCCAUAUGGUGAGUUUUGUGUGUCUGAGAACUUUCGCGCACGCGAUGAGCAGACCAAGCGCACUGGUCCAGCCGCAGAUUUCUGGCAGAAGCAUUUCACGUUGGAUGACAGGGCAGUACCUCAGUUCCUUGCUUCCAGCAGUGAACGCAUUCUUCAUGCUGGAAAGUACCUUCAUGUCUUUUUCUCAGCUUCAUCUGCAACAUCUGCAACACUGCCAGAGCCAAUAGGCGGACGAGUGCCAUUUCAUUAUUCCCGAAGGAGGCGAGACUAUGCUGAGGCCAUCGAUUUAGCAUAUCGUCGUUCAGCCUCGGCACUUUUGAACCUUUUCAUGAAACCGCAACCAGAGGGGCUCGACCUGCCUGGACGCUUAAAGUCUUUGCGAAGCUUUUUCUUCCUUAGCCGAGCUGAUUGGUUUGGCCACUUCCUAGACACUGCGGAACUAGAGCGCCCUGCUGAGGAGGUUCCUUUAACCAGGCUGGAUGGUCUUUUGGAUCUUGCAGUGCGUGCAUCCUCUAUGGCAGCUGACCCCUUUCGAGAAGACAUCUCCUGUGGUUUGCAUUCCUUUCGUGUUGAGGAUGCCUGUCAUCGCAUGAAGGGCUCCCAGGAUGAAGAAAAGGAGGAUGUAUCUGUGGCUGUUUCAACUCCGUCUCUCUUUGGUGGCGAAGGGACCGCUGUGCCCGCGGUACGCAGUUUGACCUUAAAAUACCGAACAAGCUGGCCAUUAUCGAUCCUCUUUUCCAAGACGAUCCUUCUGAAGUACCAAGUGAUUUUCCGACACUUGCUGUACUGUCGCUAUGUUGAGCGCAAGCUUGUGGAAGUAUGGGUUGAUCACCAGUACACGAAGGAAUUGGGAUUGGAUUCCAGCUUCAGUCCAUACUAUUCGCUUCGACAGCGGAUGUUGCAUUUCUGUCGAGAUUAUAUCUACUAUGCCACUGUGGAGGUGCUGGAGCCACAGUCGCAUGAAUUCUUGGCUUCCCUCAGCGGAGCAGAGACCAUUGAUGAUGUUCUGCAUCGCCAUGAGCAAUUCCUGGAAAGCUGCCUGAGGGAGCUCCUCCUCACAGAACAUGAUAAUCUGUACAAACAUUUGUCCAAAGUGCUUCAGACCUGUUUGACAUUUGCCCAGAACCUGCACAAAUUCUCUCAUAUUGGCGGUGAGCCAGUUGAAGAGCCUGAUGAUGGCAAGACUCCGGCAGAAAGAAGGUUGACCAGGGUGAGGCACAGUACACAGAAAUAUCUUGCUCUUCUUUCCCAAAGGCAGUAUUCCAAGAUGAUGGCAAAGUGGAAGACUAUCUUUGAGAGCCAACUGCAAGCUUUCUUGCGACAGAUUCAGCAAGAAUCCAAAGCCCGAUAUGAGCACUUCUUGAAGAACUUAGCAACACGCUUGGAUUACAAUGAGUACUACUCCACGGUUUUGAGCUCACCGACCAUGUUUGCGCCACCUGAGCGGUAA